AUCGUUGACUUAUUUUAGUUAUAUCAUGCAGAUCGCCUAGAUAUAGAUAUGUUUCUAUAUUUAUUGUUCAAAGGACCAUACGCUGGAUGGACAUCAAACUGGUGGUACGAAACAGAGAACUCUGAUUACAUCUCGCGAUGUUAGGUUCAGGCAUUUGAUUUAGCUGUGGGUGGAGUCAAGUUGCAAGUUGAAUCGCCCGUUGGCUAACGUUACAUCGAAUAUGACAGCUGAUUUUCGACCCCUAAUAUACAAAAAUACCGUUUAUUUGUGGAGAACUUGAUGAAUGAAUGCGGAGGUGUCUUGUGCAAUUGCACCGCAUUAUGUGCAUCUAGCCGUUGCAGAGUUUAUUUCUAACGCGUCAGAACCCCGGAUUCAGGAACGUUCCUGCUCCUUCUGGAGCUACCGAUUCAUCCCGGCUAGUUAGCUAUCCAGCUAAUCAACCGGAUUUAGUGAAGAAAGAACACAGUGUUAGCACCGUAGCUAACCUCAUCCACUCGGUGUCUGCUUGCGUGGGCGGCGUCGGAGCAUGCACUUGUGCUCGAUAACCAGCCAGUCGGCGGAGCUGGAGUGAUGCGAGCGGCGGCGGGCUGCAGGAUGAACGUCGCAGCCAUUCUGAACGGCCUGCUGGUCUCCGUGGUGGCGGCUCUGCUCUGGAAAUACACCCAGCUCAGCGAUCACGCCGCUUCCCUGGAGGAGGAGCUCCACCUGACCCAGCAGUCUCAAGAGCUGUCGCAGGCCCGCAUCGACUACCACGCCGCCCUGCUGGCGCUCCAGGAGCACGGCACCCGCAUGGUCUGCACGGGCAAGAUGCACACCGACCGCGUCUGCCGCUUCGACUACCUGUGCUACUGCACCGAAGCGGAGGAGUUUGUCUUCUUCCACGGCAACUCCUCCGUCAUGCUGCCCAACAUAGGGCAGCGACGUUUCCAACCGGCGCUGCUGGACCUUUCCUCGGUGGAAGACCACAACACCCAGUACUUCAACUUCUUGGAGCUGCCGGCCGCCGCUCUAAAGUACAUGCCCAAGCCCGUGUUUGUGCCCGACGUGGCGCUCAUCCUGAACCGCUUCAACCCGGACAACCUCAUGCACGUUUUCCACGACGACCUGCUCCCCAUCUUCUACACCAUGAGGCAGUACUCGGACCUGGACGACGAGGCGCGCCUCAUCUUCAUGGAGGGCUGGGGCGAAGGGCCGCACUUUGACCUCUACCGCCUGCUCAGCAGCAAGCAGCCCCUCCUCAAGGAGCAGUUGAGGAACUUCGGCAAGCUCAUGUGCUUCACCAAGUCUUACGUAGGCCUGUCCAAGAUGACCACCUGGUACCAGUAUGGCUUCGUCCAACCGCAGGGCCCCAAGGCCAACAUCCUGAUCUCCGGGAACGAGAUCCGGCAGUUUGCCUCCCGCCUGAUGGAGAAGCUCAACAUCACGACCAAGGAGCAGAAGGAAGGGACGAGUCCCGAGGAGAGGGACCAGUACAUCGUGGUGUUCAGUCGUUCCCAAACCAGGCUGAUCCUCAACGAGGCCGAGCUGAUCCUGGCGUUGGCGCAGGAGUUCCAGAUGAGGGUGGUGACGGUCUCCAUGGAGGACCAGACCUACUCCAGCAUCGUGCAGUUGAUCAGCGGAGCCUCCAUGCUCGUCAGCAUGCACGGAGCUCAGCUCGUCACCUCGCUCUUCCUCCCCAGAGGGGCGGCUGUGGUUGAGCUCUUCCCCUACGCGGUCAGCCCCGAGCAGUACACCCCUUACAAGACCUUGGCCACCUUGCCAGGCAUGGACCUCCAGUAUGUCGCCUGGAGGAACACCAUGGAGGAGAACUCCGUGGCCCACCCAGAUAGACCCUGGGAUCAGGGGGGCAUCGCUCACCUGGACAAGGAUGAGCAGGAGCGCAUCCUGGCCAGCAGAGAGGUGCCCAGACACCUUUGCUGCCGAAACCCCGAGUGGCUGUUCCGCAUCUACCAGGACACCCGGUUGGACAUCCCCUCUCUGCUGGACGUCCUCAGGGAGAGCCUGAAGACCAGGCCCAACCUCAAGAAGACCCGGCCUGCCAGCACUGUUCAUCCAGGCAGGGUGAGGGAGCCUCAGUGCCAGACCUCAGUCCAGGCUACCAACGAAGCCAAGCUCACAGUAUCCUGGCAGAUACCUUGGAACCUCAAGUACUUGAAGGUCAGGGAGGUGAAGUAUGAGGUAUGGAUCCAGGAGCAAGGAGAGAACACGUACAUGCCUUACAUCCUGCCUCACCAGAACUACACCUUCUCGGAGAACAUCAAGCCCUUCACCACCUACCUGGUGUGGGUGCGCUGCAUCUUCAACAAGAACCUUCUGGGACCCUUUGCAGAUGUCCUCAUGUGUAGAACAUAACCUUAAAGCUCUACAGUUGUGCUGCUAGUACCGCUUGGACUGUCUGAGGUUAACACCGUUGUCAUAACUUGUCCCAGACACGGUGAGAUGGGGAGAAUGAAAGAGGUCAAAGAGGAGGGCGUCCAGACCAGGACAGCUGCUGGGCAGAAGUGUCACCUGUGUCUUGGGUCAGUGCUGGAUAACACAGUCAUGAGCUCACCGUGGCUGAUUACACUGUGGCACAGGCCAAGAGAAUCUUAACAGCAACAUAACUGGACACAGGUAAACAUGGAAUGCACAAAUGUCGUAUGUAUUACAUGUCUACAGAAGAAAACGAUUUGCACAUUUACACAUUUUUAUAUGAAUAGUAGUAAACAGAACUUUCUGGUACCUGUUUGAAUGUGCUGUGUGGUAUUCUGGGGGUAGUGAUUGUCAUUUUAAGCCCAUGAGAUCUGUGUUUUUUAGGUCAUUGUCUUGAGUGAAUUGAACCUUUAGCCCUUUCAUUGGUAAGUUUGACAUCAUACUAAUUUUCUAAAUAUCCCAGAAGCAACAACAGCAUCAAAAAGUGGCGUAGUCACUCGUCUACGUUUUAGUUGUGUUGGAUUUGGUGUUUUUUGUAGUUUAUUAAUUGUCGAGACUACAUUUAAUUCUUAACAUCUUCAUGUAAAUGUUUAAGCAAUUACAAAUAAGACUCAUGGCCAGUUAUCUGAAGAUUCCAAUUGAAGAAUAGAAUGAAUUUAAAAAGUCUCUAAAUUAGCUAACAGUAUAUUGUGUGCUCUUAAGAUAGGUUUUUAUUGUUGACAACUUCUAGAUUUGACUUCUUGUCUUAGUGAAACACUGAAUGGCUGAUGUUUCAACGUGAUGUGAUUGUAUGUCAAGUGUGAGGCUAAAUGGGGGACAGUGAUAUACACAAAUGGCUAUGCUGCUGUUAAAUCAAUGAAGGGCACUUGCUUCAAUGUUUAUCCCCCUCAAAAUCUGUGGUCAGCGUUUAGAACAGAUGAGACCAUUAUUGUAGACUGUUCACUGAUAAGCGAAAAUUGUCAUAUUGUACGUGAAUCUAUUAACAGGCUAAAAUUGCCGUCAACAUUUUCAAUUUGAUCAUGUGUGGUACGGGCCCUUAAAUCGAUGUGUAGAAGUAGACCACUCUACAACUAAUCUCCACAUCUAACGCCCCUUCUGCCUAGCGCUGGUAAUUGCCUGCUAAUUAAGACAAGCUGAGGGUCUGUGCCUCCUCUGGGCUUCCUCAGCCUUGAACACAAGCUUGCUGCUUGUAGGCCUAUGGUUUGGAUGGCUCUUAUUCAAGCGUUUGUGCUUAUCGCUGCAGUAGUUAAGCAUAUAACGUGUAUCUAGGUGAGUUGGUAAAGUAGAGGAUAGCGAUUGGUUUCACAACUCAAAACAAAUUUUGUUUUUAAGGUUGGUAUCGCAUCAAGUGUGUAUCACAGUUUACAGAUAUGAUAUGCAUUAACUGAUUGUCAAUGGUUUUUAUCUUAUGCCUCAGCUUUCUAUUGAUAUGGUGGCUAUUGGCCGGUGGGAGGAUAAACAAACUUUUGGCUACUGAGAUUAAUCUUUCUAUUUUCUCUGUCCUGUGUUCCUUUUCCAUCCAGAAAUGUUUUCUGAACCUUGUACUGUUUUUUUGGUGAUAUGUUCUCAAAUGCAGUUUUAUCAGUGUUUGUAUUUAAGAUUAUUUGCAACCAUUGUUCAAUGUGAUGCUGUUUAAAGAUUUUGUUAAUGCUUGUUCAUUUUAAAGAUAAUAUGUUUGCUAAUUGUGUCCAAUUGGACAAUUCCAUCAAUAUCAAUUUGAAAAAAAUAUAGAAACAAUUUUGAAGUAAUUGUGAUUGAAUGAAGAAAACAAAAUAAAAACCU